AUGAAGCUGAACCCAGCGAAAUGUGCCUUUUUCAUCAGGGGAGGAAAAUUCUUUGGGUACAUUGUGAGUAGAAAAGGCAUUGAGCCCAAUCCGGAGAAGGGUCUACCUGGAAAGCCAUCAAGGUAUAGUGAUGACGGACCAACCCCUGAAGAAGAUUCUACACAGGCCAAAAACCUCAGGCCGGAUGCUGGCUUGCGGGAAGAGUCUUCUUCAGAAGUGUUGGAGAAGGGAAGCUUGGGAGAGCCUUUGCAAGAAUUCAAAUGGAAGCUAUAUGUAGAUGGGGCAUCAAGCGCGGGGGGCAGUGGCGCUGGAAUAAUGCUCAAGGGGCCUGAAGAAUUUAAGGUUUGCUACGCCUUGCGCCUAGAAUUCAAGGCCUCCAAUAAUGUGGCGGAGAAUGAGGCCCUAAUAAACGGGAUGCUGGUGGCAAUGGAAGUAGGGGCAACCGAUCUCGAGGUGAAUAGUGACUCCCAGCUGGUGAUUAAUCAGGUAACUGGGGCAUAUCAGGCCAGAGACCCGACCAUGUGGAAUUACCUGACAGAAGUAAAAGCUAUAGAAGCCGAGCUCAGGAGCAAGGGUGUUGCCAUCAAAUUUCAAAGAAUACCUCGAGAGGAAAAUGAGGAAGCAGACGUAUGA